UGGUAACGUACCCUCAUUUUUAACGGCCAUGAUCUCAUGAUCACCAACGGGCGCGGGAAUCUGUAUAGCCGUGACGACUAAUGCUCUUUGUCCUCUCGCACACUGACAACUGCACAAAGAUCCCAUACAGAACGUGGCCUCAACAGUGCUAGAAAGCUUUCAAGAAUGUUCAGCGAAUUCAACGAUGCCCAAUUUGCGGGCUAAUUGCUUGGUAUGUAGACAUGCCCACCCACAUUCGCUGUCUCGUGCUCAUGCCCGUGAGCAGCACAAGAAUGGUCGUUAUCGGGAGCUUCCUCUGGACUGCUGAAACGCUGGGAACCAUUUAGAGCUCGACAUGUUGCAGCACACGCCUCCUCGCCCUUAUCACGCAGUUUGGAGAUCCCGGUAUGGGAUACAAUGACGUUCCUGAUUCCAGAUGGCUGGUGGGAUGAAUUUGAAGUGCACGAUAAUCAAGCUGUGGUCUCUGAUCCGGUAUCCUUUACAGACCUCGAUCCAUGAAUUUCCCGCUUUCGUGGAAUGCUCAAACAGCGAUUCCCGAGGAACUGGCGCGCGCGCGGAGGCCUGAACAGAUUCGAAAGGAUCGUGACACACAACUAUCCGAGGCAUAUGUGAGUCCUUAUGGGCAUUAUGGUUCAAAGUGAACGCCGAGGCGGCCUAUUAAUCGUCUCAUACAGAUGCUACACGAGGUGCCGCUAUCCGCCACAAGUGUCUGCAUAUGCCGCAGCGUUGAGCGUUUCGAAAAAGGAUUAUAGGGCUUCUCGAAUAGACGGACUCUAUAAAAGCCGUCCCCAGUGACUGGGUAUCACUUCAGGGCUUCGUCUAGAAACCUCCCCAAUAGCUCUCAAACGGACUUCGGGAUGAGAUUCCUCUCGUUCUCUGCUGCGAUCGGGCUCCUCUCCUCCUCUGUCUGGGCCUACGACAAUUCUAGGUCCGAUAACCUCGCUGUCUACUAUGGUCAGAACUCCUACGGCGCCACUCAUGGCUCUGAUACUGCCAACUGGCAACAGGGGCUAUCCCACUAUUGUCAGGACGACGUAAUCAACGCUUUCCCAAUAGCCUUUAUUAAUGUCUUCUUCGGAGCCGGAGGCCUACCCAGCCUUAACAUGGCCAACACCUGCAACAGCAACGAUGAUCCAACCUUCCCGGGUUCCGAACUUCCCAACUGCCAAUUUCUCCAACAGGAUAUUCAAGCCUGUCAAGCCAAAGGCAAGAUCGUCACGCUCAGUCUUGGGGGUGCUACGGGUGCUGCCACCUUUUCAUCCGAUGCCCAAGCACAACAGUUCGCUGAUACUAUCUGGAACCUUUUCCUUGGCGGUUCAAGCUCAACUCGACCAUUCGGAAAUGCGGUUCUUGAUGGAGUCGACCUGGAUAUCGAAGGAGGAUCAAGUACCGGCUUCGUGGCUUUCGUAAACAGGAUCAGAUCUCAUGCCAAUGGUGCCAGCAAGAAGUAUUACGUGACCGCAGCUCCUCAAUGUCCCUUCCCAGACGCUUGGUUGGGCCCCGUAAUCAAUAAUGCUGCCUUCGAUGCUGUGUAUGUUCAGUUCUACAACAACUUCUGUUCCGUAGCCAACCCAAGCUCAUUCAACUUUGCAACAUGGGACCAAUGGGCUAAAACUCAAUCACCCAACAAGAACGUGAAGGUUUUCGUCGGUGCUCCCGCCUCACCUACGGCUGCGGGUUCAGGCUACGUCGAUAUAUCUGCGCUCAGCGGAAUAAUUCAGCAGGCCAAGCAAUUUUCUUCGUUCGGGGGAGUGAUGUUAUGGGAUGCGUCGCAGGCUUAUGCCAAUAACCGCUAUGAUGUCGCUGUGAAGAAUUUACUCACCGGUACUUCAGGUGGCGGCGGCGGCGGUGGUGGAGGGGGCGGCUCUGGGGGUUGCACUGGUGUAUCUGCCUGGUCUUCUUCUAUCGCGUACAACGGCGGUGCUCAAGUCACUUUCAACGCCCACCUUUGGACUGCCAAAUGGUGGACACAGGCAGAUACACCAGGAGGUAGCGCAGGCGUCUGGACCGACAAUGGCGCAUGCUUUGCGGGCCUAGCUCCUACAGGCUCUAACGCAACUUCACCUGGAAACUCUGCGACUGAGGAGUCGCCUAUCAGCAACAGUGCUAUCUCAACCCAGUUCGCCUCUGCAUCGGUCUCCUCUGAAUCGGCCGUGGAGUCUAGUUCUCGCUCGGCCUCCAAUGACGCUACUGCCACCGCCAGCACUACCGCUACUGGUCGACCCAGGGGUAACUCUCGUGUAUUUAGAGGAUGAUUACACCAUUUCAGGCUUUAAUUAUUAUAUUUAUAUUCGGUCGCAGAUGGAGGCCUAGGGAAUCGGGAUUAAGGGUUUUGUUUUUGUACUAGUAUCUAUUAAGUGUAUAUCAGAAAGAUUUACAAUUUCGUAAGUGUA